AAAAGAGUCCCUCACUUUUCUCUAUAAUGACAGAAUCUACGGAAACACCUAUUCGAACUUUGGCUUUUUUAUAUGCUCAUACUUCUAACUAUAAAUGUAUUCAUUGUCAUAAAUCCAUCCUUCGAAAAACCUUAUCCAUAGCCACUCUUGAACGCAAAGACAAAAAACAAAAGAAAAAGACAUUGGAACCUAUAAACCCAAUCCACUUUAAAUGUUGGACAGUCCCUGAAGACUUUACCAAAAAACCACUCCAUGUUUACCGAGGUUAUCAAGCUUUAAAAGAUACAGAUAAAACACGAAUGCAAAGAUUAUAUGAAGCAGGAAAAGGGGCAUCAUGGUCAGCCUUAGAGGCCGCUGAUGAAGAAGCAAGACAAGCAGAACAAGAUGAAGCUGAUAUCGCCGCAUUUGAUCAAGACAAAUCUCGAAAACAAAAAAAACGAAAACAUAAUGAUGAAGAUAAUAAGGACAUGACCAAUGCUUUGACCGGUAAUCAAUCAUCAACCAAUAAAAAGAUCAAGAAAAAGAAGGAAACAUUACAAAAGAAAAAGAAGGAAACAUCACAAAAGGAAGUACCAACAAACCCUGUAGCAAAAUUGGAUGAAAUACAUGGAAAGAGGUUCGUUGAUGAUUUUAAUAAGAUCUUGGAAGAUUUCAAACAAUAGAAUAGUCAAAUAUAUAUAGUAGUUUUUAUUUAGU